AUGGCGUCAAACAAGUACACUCUGGCAACGCGCCUCACCCUCGCAAAUGGCAAGUCCAUCCCCCAGAUCCAGCUGGGCCUGUACAUGAUGUCCGGCCGCGAAGCUACAAGGUCCAUCCCCUGGGCCCUGGCCGCUGGCUACCGCGGCUUCGACUGCGCUCAGAUGUACGACAACGAGGCGGAGUCGGGGAAAGCCAUCCGCGAUUUCCUGGCCAGCGCGGAGAAGAACACGCAGGGACUGAAGCGCGAGGAUGUGUUUUAUACGACUAAACUGGCGAGCAGCAGCACGUCGUACGACGCGGUGCGCAAGUCUAUCAAGGAGUCUGUCGAGGUUGCUGGGCUCGGGUACAUUGAUUUGUUCUUGCUGCAUAGUCCGUACGGUGGGAAGAAGGCGCGGUUGACAAGCUGGAAGGCGAUUGAGGAUGCGAUUGAUGCUGGGGAGGUGAAGAUGGGCGGUGUUAGCAACUAUGGCGUUGCUCAUAUUGAAGAGUUGAUGGCUUCCAAGCCUCGCAUCGCACCGGUCAUCAACCAGAUCGAGGUCCACCCCUUCAACACGCAGACUCAAAUCAGGGAGACCUGCGCCAAGCACAACAUUGCUAUUGAAGCCUAUGCGCCGCUGGCCCGCGGCAUGCGCAUGAAGCACCCCAAGAUCCUGGAGUUGGCGAAAAAGUACGGCUCCACUCCGGCCCAGCUGUUUGUUCGCUGGUCUUUGGACCGUGGCAUGAUUACUCUCCCCAAGAGUGUGCGCCAAGAGCGUCUAAUCGAGAACGCGAACGUGUCCGAGUACGAGAUUUCUCAGGAGGACCUGGCUGCGUUGGAUGCGCUUGAUGAGCACUUGGUGACCGAUUGGGACCCAACUGAAGCCCCUUGA